AUGAGAUUCUCACCAUUGCUCUUGGUGCUCGUGUCGGGCUUACUGGCCGGGGCAACUCCCGUCCAAACGGCUGUUCCUCAGGCUGUGGUACAGCGCCGAGAAGCCACUACGACCUCGGCGACCAGCGCAGAGACCACCACUACAGCUACAACCACGACAAACACGGAAUUUGAACUGAGCUUGAGUCUUGACUUGCCUACCAACACAUGUACGCCAACGAUUGCGCCCGACAAAAAUGGCUAUGUGCCGCCAUCGGAGUGUGACGCCUUAUACCUCUAUUAUCCUUCGUUUAAAGCUGCCAUUGCGGCUUCGGUGAUCUUUGGACUCAUCCUAGUGACCCAUUUCAUUCAAGCGACCAUUUACAAAGCUGGCUUUGUUUGGGUGGUCCUCAUGGGAGCCGCGUGGGAGUUUGUAGGAUACGCAACCCGCGCAUUGAGUACUCGCAAACAACAAGACAACACGAUUGCGACCGUCACACAGAUGUUCAUUCUUUUGGCCCCAUUGUGGGUCAAUGCAUUUGAUUAUAUUGUUUUGGCUCGGAUGAUCAAUUUCUUCGUUCCCGAUCGUCGCAUCGGUAUUUUCAAACCGUCCCUCCUGGCCAAGAUCUUUGUUCUUCUCGACUUCGGUUCCUUCAUUAUUCAAAUGAUUGGAGGUUUUAUGGCAACCGGUACCUCCGAGCAGCAAAUGAACGGUAUCCACGUUUACAUGGCCGGUAUCGGCAUUCAACAAUUCUUCAUCGUCUGCUUCUUGGUGCUAGCCGUCCAAUUCCAUCGACAGAUGCUGAAACUCGAUCGGAAUGGUCGGUUAUUCGGCGACAAGCAGAAAUGGCGCAAACUUCUCUACGUUCUGUACGCCAGUUUACUAUUCAUCACUGUCCGUAUCUUCUACCGCUUGGUCGAGUUCUCGUCCGGCUACGGGGAGAACAACCCCAUUCCGUACCACGAAUGGUACAUGUAUGUCUUUGAUGGCAUUCCCAUGGCUUUGGCCAUCCUUGUUUGGAACUUUGCACCACCCGGCGCUGUCUUGAAGGGCCCAGAUGCCGAAAUGCCUUCCAGUGGCAUUGGAAGGCUUCUUUGCUGUAACGGCUGUGGCUGCUGCGGAGGAUGUUGCUGCCGAACCUGCCGAAAGCGCGGCAAGGGAAAGAAGGACAUGCAGAGGCUGCCCGAUCGUGAUUUCUACGGAGAUGAGGUUCCGCUGCACCAACGAGACUCGUCGCCUUAUAGAGACACGGGAUACUCCGGUCGCUAA